AAUUUGGCAACCAAAAUUUUUGUUAAUUAAAUUCUUAUAAAUAUGCCGGAAACAAAUAACAGAAGACUAUACGCGCCGAGUACUGCAGAAGGUAAUGGCCAUGCUCAUGUUCAUGGCCAGGGUCACAUACUAGGCAAUCGUCUGGCAACCAAUUUGACGGCUCAUGUGACCAGUCGCCCGACUCCGGUUCAUGCGCAUGCCGGGCGCUCCCAACGACGUCACGGCGAUGCCACAGACUUCACGGAGAAGCAGGAGAUGACGCUGAAGGCGGGCGAUAUGCGUAUGGCACGCAUCCAGGUCAGUUUGUCGCAGUUGCGGGUCGAAAUGGAGCAGGCCAACAAGACCCUCGAGGAGCUGUGCACUGUGGCACGCGUGGACAAGGAGAGGACUAAGACGCAGUAACAGAAGGGAAAGGAAGUGAAUAGUGUGAAUAGAGAGAUUGCCUGCACUAUUUCGAAGCAAUUGAUUGAUUAUGUCUAAUGUUCCAAAUAAAAAUGUAAACUUGUAUUUAAACAUA